UCGAGCUGGCCGGCCCUCAUUCAUUCAUGCAUUCAAUAGUGGUGUAGUAGUGUGCUCUUGUCAAAGGGUUGUUCUUCCUCCCAUCAGGGUUUGGUGGAUCGCGCCAUUGAUCGAUCGAUCGGCGCUAGGGUUUGGAGGAAGCAGCGCAUCUCUCAAACGGUGAGUCCGGGGGGCCAUUUCGCGGAUUUCUCGCGAGAAAUCCGCGAGUUUCGGGCGUGGGAAUGCGCGCGCGGCACUGGCCAGCGAUGAUCGAUGGGACAGGCAGCCUGAGCAGGGAAGCUAGUGAGAAUGCGUAGGAGGAAAGGGAAAAUUUCCAACUGGAGCCUGGGAAUUUUCAUCGAUCCUGCCAGUGAUGGAUUUGCCGGCUCUUGGAUGGAAGUAGAGAUUUCUAGCAGUGGUGUGGGAUGGGGCAGUGCUACGGCAAGGUUGCCGUGACCGAGGAUUCCAAGCCCGAGGAGAAGGAGGCUUCUUACGCUAGGCAGGAUUCCCGGCAAGGAGCUGCGUCUCCAUACUCGGUUAAGUCCCAUUCUUCUCCAUUUCCUCCGGCGAGUCCGCUGCCCAAGUUUGCGAAUUCGCCAUUCCGGAAUUUCGGUACCUCUCCGGCAACUCCAAGGCGAUUUUUUCGACGACCAUUUCCACCUCCUUCUCCGGCGAAGCACAUCCAGGCUGCUCUCGCCAAACGGCAUGGGACUGCCAAGCCGAAAGAAGGAUCCAUUCCAGAGGGAAGCGAUGUGGAGAAGCCUCUCGAUAAGAACUUUGGGUAUGGGAAGAACUUCACGUCAAAGUACGAGCUGGGACACGAGAUUGGCCACGGUCACUUUGGGCAUACUUGUCUGGCGAAAGUAAGGAAGGGGGAGAUGAAAGGUCAGUCGGUAGCAGUGAAGAUCAUAGCCAAAGCUAAGAUGACAACAGCGAUCUCAGUGGAAGAUGUGCGAAGAGAAGUGAAAAUACUCAAGGCUCUCUCGGGUCACCAGAAUCUCGUCCGGUUUUACGAUGCGUGCGAGGACAAUCUAAACGUCUACAUAGUGAUGGAGCUUUGCGAGGGAGGAGAACUCCUUGAUCGGAUAUUAUCAAGGGGAGGGAAGUACACUGAAGAAGAUGCUAAGGUCGUAAUAGUACAGAUUUUAAGCAUUGUUUCGUUUUGUCACCUACAAGGUGUUGUUCAUCGAGACUUGAAGCCGGAGAACUUCCUCUUUACGACUAAGGACGAGAAUGCAACUUUGAAAGCUAUUGACUUUGGGCUAUCAGAUUUCAUCAAGCCAGGUACGAUGCAGCGUUUCGUUGCAUUGAAGAUAUGUUUGUUGACUUGCCUUCAUUUUAUCAUUCCAGAGGAGCGGCUAAAUGACAUUGUUGGAAGCGCUUACUAUGUGGCUCCCGAGGUCCUUCACAGGUCUUACAGCACAGAGGCAGACGUUUGGAGCGUUGGUGUUAUAGCUUACAUCCUUCUUUGCGGCAGCCGUCCAUUUUGGGCAGACACCGAGUCGGGAAUUUUCCGAGCGGUGAUUCAAGCGGAGCCGAACUUUGUUGAUAAACCAUGGCCGACCGUUUCUCCCGAGGCUCAAGACUUCGUGAAGCAGCUUCUUCACAAGGAUAUGAGGAAGAGGAUGUCAGCAGCGCAGGCUCUCACCCAUCCUUGGAUACGUGGGAACCAUAAGGUGCCAUUGGAUAUGCUCGUGUACAGAUUAGUGAAGGCAUAUCUGCGCGCAUCUUCUCUCAAAAGAGCAGCAUUGAAGGCGCUGUCUAAAACCCUGACAGAGGAUCACAUGUAUUAUUUGCGAUGCCAAUUCGCGUUGUUAGAACCAAACAAAGGAGGGCGGGUUUCGUUCGAAAACUUCAAAACUGCCUUGAUGCGUAGUGCCACUGAGGCCAUGAAGGAGUCGCGGGCGUUUGAGAUCCUUUCUUCCAUGGACGCUCUGGCUUUUAAAAAGAUGGACUUUCAGGAGUUCUGCGCUGCGGCAAUCAGCGUGCAUCAGCUGGAAGCGUCCAGUGGCUGGGAGACUUUGUCUCGCACAGCCUACGAUACAUUUGACAGGGAAGGCAAUCGCUUGGUUAUCAUCGAAGAAGUUGCUCGGGAGGUAGGCCUUGGACAAACAGUCCCCGCUCAUCUAGUAUUGCGUGAUUGGAUUAGAAGUGAUGGGAAACUUAGCUUGAUUGGAUUUAAAAAGCUGCUUCACGGUGUCACGUCGAGGGCUCGCUCCAGGUUGCAGUAACUUAUAGAAGCAAGCAAGCAAGAAAAAAGUGAAGAACAAGAGCGAGAGAGAGAGAGAGAGAGAGAGUUUCCAAAUUCUUUGGGAGGGGGGGAAUUGAGAUCGAUGGUAGCUUCUCCAUUUUAUAGUGAUGGAGGGACGCCUGGCAUAGAUCAUAGAUUGUUUAUCUAGCUAGAUAUGAUACAGGGAAGAAGAAGGAAUUUCCAGGCGCUCAAAGUUUACAUUCUUUGGAGAUUUGGCGGAGAUUUGUGUCAACCACCAAUGUGACACGUAAGCAGAGAAGGAAAACGUGGAAGUUUCGAGCGUUGAGAUAUCGCAUUCCUGUGCCAAACGAUCCACAGUAAUUAAACUUUACAUUUUUUUGGC